CAAAAACAACAAGUGUGAUAGCUCAACGACACAAACAAAAAUAAUACAUUUGACAAAUUCAGAAAAGUAAAAGGUAAAACAAAAGGAAAAUAUUUAAUCCAAUUAGGAAUUAGCUAUAAUUUUUUGCAGUUUUUAAAACAAAAAAAUUAUACAUGGUGUAAUCAAAAUUAAAAGUUCUCUAACGAAAUUAAAAGUACCUGAUAAGGCAACGAAUGCUGGAAUCUCAUUUAUCAACCAAAUCUAAUACUAAUAAGAACGUGACAAAGACUUAUAAGUGUUGACUAAUACAUAAUCAAAACUUAAAACCAAAUUAACCACAACCAUGGUGAAUACUUCCGUUAUAGCAGAGCUAUGUAUUUAUAUAUUAACAUGGAAUGUGGGAACCCAUCAUCCUGGUAACAUAUCGCUAAGCGACAUGUUAUCUUUAAAUGGUACCACCAAAUGUCCAGACAAUAAAUUACCCGAUAUUUACGUUAUUGGCUUCCAGGAAGUCAGUAGCAAGCCGAAAAAUCAAUUUAUAAAUAUAUUUCAAGAUGAUCAGUGGACUUUAAAGAUAAGAGAAGAACUGUCCGAACAUGAUUUUGUUAAGCUAGAAACCGAACAAAUGCAGGGCCUAUUGAUAAAUGUAUGGACCCGGCCCGAGCAUGUCUUCCAUAUGCAGGAUAUUGAAACGGAAAAAACUAAAACUGGUCUUGGUGGUUUGUGGGGCAAUAAGGGAGCUGUCAGUGUACGCAUGAGUCUCUAUGGCACAGGCGUAACAUUUAUUGUGGCCCAUUUGGCUGCCCAUGAUGAAGAACUUAAGGAGCGUGUAAUAGACUACAAUCAAAUUAUCGAAAAUCAUCAUUACAAGGCCAAGAGAUAUCGUACCAUAUUCGAUCAUGAUGUAGUAUUUUGGUUUGGUGAUUUGAAUUUCCGUUUAAAUGGUCAUGAUUCGGCUUGGGAUGUCCGUGGAGAUGUUGAACAAAAUCGUUUGGACAGUCUAUUCACACGUGACCAAUUAUCCAUGGUUAGAGCGGCUGGCAAUGCUUUUGCUCUUAUGGAGGAACAACAACCCACCUUUCCGCCCACCUUUAAGUUUAUCGAAGGUACUUCCGAUUACGAUCUAAAGCGUAGACCAGCCUGGUGUGAUCGCAUUUUGUACCGAGUAGUUAAGGAUAAAUAUCCCGAUAUAGAAUUAGAACUGCAACAAUUGUCCUAUAAAUCUCAUCCUCAAUACACUUUAUCCGAUCAUAAGCCAGUGACUGCAGAAUUUUCGUAUACCAUUAAAGCCACCACUCAUAGCUCUGAGGAGAUCUAUGCCAUGACUCAUGGAGGCAGCGAGACCCCACUCUCAAGUGUAACUAUCAUAUUGUUCUCCUUGUUUUACUUAACACUAUUUUAAUUAUUGUUAUUUUCUGUUUUCUUAUUUUUUUGUUCGAUUAACACAUUUGGCUUUCUUCUACCUAACUUUGAUUGGCUUUCCUUUAUUUGUAAGUAGUUUUAUUAGAACAAAAAUAACAUCCCCAAACAGUUCACAGCUAUUUAGCAUAUAACCAAUUCGUCUCGAAUUAUAAAAUCUCGAAUACUUUUAUGGAAUGUACAGAAAUGUGAAUCUAGAAUUUCCAUUAAAAUUUGGAAGGUUUAUGCUAAUAGAUAUUUGUUUGCGAGGUGCUCAUUAUUAUUUUUUAUUAUACAUAUUUAAUAAUUACUUGUUUAUUUUACUAACCCUUAAAUGUGUUUGUUAGAAAUAUUAAAAAAAAGACAUUCAAAUAUAUGAUUUCAUUAUAACAGGCAUUUAGUGCAAUUUGAAGAUAAUUUUAGGACUUAAAAAUUGUAUUUAACUUUAAUUUUCCUUAAAAUACUCAGUGCGUAUUGUUUAGGCCAUUUUACAUAAAAAUUACUUAAAAAAUAUAAAAUACAAAUAAAAACAUUUUCAAUUUUUACAAACAAAUUAAGGAUUUAUACGAAAACAUUAUGAAUCUCAUUUUUAUACUCUUCACCAUGCUUGGUAAGGAUGUAUAAACAAGUUUGUCAUUCCGUUGGUAAUUUCUACAUUUUUCAUUUGCGACCUGAUACAAUAUAUAUAUUCUGGAUCGUUAUAGAUAGCGGUGUCGAUAUAGCCAUGUGGCAAACUGAAGGCUGUUUAUUAUUUGAUUAGGAUUUGUAGGAUUUGUUCGAAUUCGUAAACAAUUGCUGAAUUGACAAAACCCCUUGUAUCAUUGAAUUGAGUGUAUUAUUGUAUUAAAAUACAAUAUUGUAAGCUUGUUGUUGGUAAUUUUCAUACAAAAAUUAAAUAAUACACUUAUACACUUUUAUUUUAUAUGUAUAUUUUUCAAAUCGUAAUAUAAUUCUUGGUUUGAAUAUUAUGAGGGAUUUGAUACAUAGUAUUAACGAACUUGUUUUUAUAUUUUUAGUAAAACGAAUGACUUAGAUAAAUAAAACUCAAUAGGUAACAUCGAUUGCUUAUGGGAGGGAUCCAUAAUAAAGAUAGAAAAUGAUUUUAAAUAUUUAAACAUACAAUUUAAUUGAUGGUUUUAUUACUUCUUUCUACAUUAUACUUCCAAUCCUGAAAUAAUAUUUUUCCUAGGUUCUCAUUUUGAUUUCUACUUUUGCGUUUGUCUGACUUUAAUUAAAUAAUUCUCUAAAUUUGUAUGUUUAUGAUUUAAUAAAAUAAAUAAAUACGCAACAUGGCUUAUCUUGUGCUUAAUCAUUUAAUAAUAUAAAAAAUAGCAUUCAAAUUACUUUACAAGUUUAACGUACAAACAAAUUUGGUAAACGUUUGUUUGUCAAAUCUUGAUGAUUGGUUAUUGAGAAAUAUAUUUCUUAUUUGUGUCACGCUCACAUGAAAUUCGGAGAAAAACGAUUGAAUUUUGUUUUUUCUUAUGAGAAUUUAAAUAAAAAUGCCAACCAUAGAUAAAUACACAAAUAGAUCGGUAGCUCUCAUGUUAAAGAUCAGUUGUCAAAAACCUAAGCGUUAGUAAAAUACUGUUUGAAAACAAAACCAACACUCGUAUGUGUGGUUAUUUUGAGUAAUAUUUUGUUUGAGUUUUUUUUUUUCUAAUUCUGUCGUAAAAAAAUCCAUACGAAAACAAUAAACAACACUCGUAUGUGAACAUUUUUGAACAUCUGUUUGAGUCUAUGGCCAACAACUUUAUUGGUAUCUUUCUUAAUUUACUUUAAUUUGUAGAAGAUUUUUAAUAGUACAAAACAUAAAAAAUAUCUUCAAAUUGCAUAUUUUUUAUAAAAGCUUAUAAUUCAUAAAAGGGUUAAAAACAUUAUCUAAAAUUUCCUUAUAUUAUUAUUCAACAACAUACUAACAUUUAAUCAUAUUUUAAUUUCUUACUAAUUCCCAUUUUUUAUUUUAUUUGCUCUCUUCUAUAAUAAUCCUAAUAACAAUCAUCAUUCAGUGUCAUUUUUGUACUAAUGAUUUUUUAACUUACCUCACAAAAUGUUUUAGACGUCCAUACUUUUUUUUUAAAUUAGUAAUUAGUAUAUACAUAUUAUGUUAAAAUUGGUUGUAAAAUAUUUGAAAUCAUAUCAAUUUGUAUAAGUUUUUGUUGUACUCGUAACUUUAGUCUCAAUAGUUGUUAAAUUUUGAAAUUGUGAUUUAAGUAAGCAAUACAAUAUACACUCAUCAAUACAUACAUAUUUAAUUAUAUACUACAUACAUACAUAUGUAUCUAAAUACUUUUUGAUUCUCAAUAUAUACAUGUAUAUUCAACAAAAUCUUAUUAAAAAAAGUUGUUUUUAUUAUACUCAUCUAUAAAAAAUGUUAUAAAAUAUAAAAAUUUAGUGAAACAAA